AUGGGCCAACCAAAGUACCGCCAGAUGACUGCACAGUUCCAACCAAAAGCUGGAAUCAAACCAGGACGAGAACCAAAAGAUGAUCCCCUUGUCCGUAAAUAUGGCUCUGGAGGCCGACAAGAGGUCAAUCUCGAGAAGGGUCUACUCACAUAUAUGUUGGAUAUUGAGUUCAGCACCGCAGACAAGGCUGUGGGGAAGUUGUGGAAAGUCCUUGAGAAGAUGAAGGUUUUCGACGAGUGGGAAGCUCACGCGGUUUUUGGUGUCAGGAUAAAAGACAACGGCGAGUGUGACUAUUUCACAGUUCCUGCGCCACCAGACACAAGCGCUUCCUAG